GUAAGUAGCCUGCAGAAACCCAACCAACGAAAAUAGUUUAUUUACUAGGAAAUACCUUUAUUAUACCAGAUAUUAUACUGCAAACACACGCUAUAAAAGCUACAGCUAUACAUUUGCUAUAUUUCAGCACUUACCGCGUCGCGCUUUCGUUGACUCAAUGGAGACGUAUUACUUCCGGACACCGGCCGCAAAGCAUUAUGGAACUAGUAGUACUUCUUUUGCAGGUUGCUAUGGAUAUGUGAUGCCAACAAGCCGCUUUCAGACACACACAAAACAUAUAAGCUAGCCUUUCAGACAUGAGUCAGUUUCUGGGUCGUCAGGACUCUAUUGAAAGCCUGAGGAAAGACGUCGUCGACCUCCAAGGUGCUCUAUUGGACGUUUUUUCCAGAACCGGACCGGUUCGCUUCACUUCCUGGAAAUUCCCCGAUAAACUCUCAUGUAACCUAGACAUGGUAGCUCUGCUGGAGAAAUACGAUUUUGUGGAUGGGGAGGAUGCGUACAAUCAGCACUCGCACAUUGUGUUACUGGAGCUGUUGGUUGACAGGCUACUGCUUUUUCUACAAAGCCUUAAUGCAUAUGUUGAGAAAAUAAGGUGCAGCCACAGGAGAGACCAAACCCAGCAGAAAGGCUGCCUGUCAGUUGGCCUUGUUGUCAGAAACUAUUGGAGUAAUUUAGUUCAAUUUGUCAAUCUUAAGGAGAGUUACAAAGACACAAAGAAGCAGAGAAAAGUAAAGACACUUGACUGUGAUGGGACAGAGACAGUGUCAUUGGUCUCCCCCCAAAUGAGCCAAAGCAGAGAUUACUUAUCUCCCUGGUCUUCAUCAAGCUCCUUUAAGUGUUUGCCACAGAGUCAUGCACCCUCAAGUUCUACCCACAACACCCCAUGCUAUCAUAAGGUUGACAGCCACCAUGUGAGCUCCCAGACUGUUGAAUCAUCCCUUGUUCCCUGCAAUGCAUGCCACCAAGUGCAAUCCACUUUAAUCAAAACAGGACAUGCUUUUGUGGAACUGCUUCAGAGUGAGAGCCUGCCCUCCUCUCUGCAGCCGCUCUUAGUCGCUGUGGAGGACACUCUGGAGCUGGGACAUAUGACAGCAGGCGAUGUUGCCCAGUGGGCCAAUGAGCAGCUCAGAGACAUGCGGCGGCUGAUGAAACAUCUUCAAGAAGUGCGGAGUACUGUGCAGCCUCUGAAAGAAAGACUAGCGGCAGCAGAGGCAGAGCGGGAUACAUUUAAGUCUCAGCUGGAAAGAAAACAGAAAACUUUCAAGCAAGAGAUGGAAAAACACCAAGCCAACAUAGUCCAGCUGGAGUUUUCACUGAGUAAAGCACAGAGAUGUGUCAAAGAAACAGAGCAAAGGCUACAAGAGGAGCAACGACAACUCAAGAGAGAAACCUUGCGCAUGGAGGAAAGUCAUUCCAGACUGAAAGAGAAAGAAGCUCUGCGGCAAGAUGCAUUACAGACACUUGAGUUUGAAAAUAAUGGCCUGCAGGAGAAAGUGAGGGCUUUGCAUAUAGAGCAAGAGGCCUGUGGUAAACUCCAGCAAAGGAUCCAGGAGUUAGAGAGUCAAAUCUGUAAAACUCAACUCCGCCUUGACAAGGAGAACGCCAAGUACCAAAGUGCCUGUCGCCAGCAAGAGUCAAUGCAGGCAAAGCAGAAGUCUUUGCUGGAGAGAGUGAACGCUCUCGAUGAAGAGUGUGAAGAGCUGCAGGGGCAGGUGGGAGAGAGGGAGGAGAGACAGAUCGUCCUUCACAAUCAGCUGCUACAGAUGUCCGAGGAGAAGGAACAAAUGCAGGGUCAGCUCACUCAGCAGCAGGACCUGUGUUCGGAGCUCAGAAGGGAGAAGCAGACGCAGGAGACACACGCAGGCGAGCUGAAGAACAGUGUGGCUGAGCUGAAGGAAUACAUGCAAGCUUUAAGGGAAAGAGAGAGGCUGUUAGUCGCUUUCCCAGAGCUCAACCCUACAGCCCAACCACAGAGUACAGGAAAUGUGCUUUUGGAUAUGGAGCAACAAUUGCAGGCAAAUAAUAUUCGUAUAAACCUUCUGGAGCAGGAGAACCUGACCCUGUACACCAGCCUGGUGAAACUGAGAGAAAGAGCACAACAUAACGCCACCGGGGAAGCCUCACCUCAGCAGACACGUGUCCUCUCUCCAUCAGGCCCAUCAUUAGAAAAGCAACAUCAUCCCCUUACACAAAUGCAGAAGAGGUCAUUGCAGAGCAGCAGUGCAUCACAGCUAGGAAACGGCAACAGAGAGAAGGAUGCACAGCGAGGGGCAAGUGGUCUGGAGUCAGCCGGGUCAGAGGAUCGUGUGUCCCCCGCCUCCCCCUACCCCCUGCAUCUUCACCUUCAAACUCUCCAACUCGACACGGGCUCCACCGCUGCUAAAAGCCAAACAAAGACACCCAGUAGUGCUCUCCUCUCUCACUCCAGAGGCUCCAAUCAGAGGAAGAAAAUUAAACCCUAAAAUGUGAAAAUACAGUCAAAAAGACAGAGAAAAGAACACAGCUUUGUAUAAGGUGUCAUGUAUCAUAAGGGCACCUUCCCUACAUAAAUAUUUCAAGAUGUCUAAAUGAAUAUCAUACCAUACUAACACUAAUGCUUUUGUAAUUUUACAUUUUAAUUUUGUAUAAUUAUGACAGCGGAUGAGCACUGUCUGUUACCACUGCUUUUAUUAUUAUGUAAAGAUUAAUUAAUUUAAUUAAUUUACCGUGGAUUAUAUUAUUAUUAUUAUAUAUAUUAUAUAUAUAUGCAAGUAUGGAAAAAUGAACUCUUUAUCAGCAGAUUUUUGUAUUGCUGCAACUUUUUUUUUAAAAGGUACAUUAUUAUGGCUAUUUCAGAUAACAUUACAUUCCUGACUAAUCAAGGUUCUUUAUCACGUUGAAAAUCUAGUAAUCCGAUAUUGCCAUAAAGCUUUUAUAACUCCUAUCCUCAUUGAUUUGUAACAUCAACCAAUUAACGCUUUCACUAAGAGUCAGAGAUAGUACUGCUAUCUUGGUAUGAAUGAUUGUGUGAUUAUCUGUAACUUAAAAAAGGAAAAUAUAUCCCAGCUCCUCAGAUUUCUUAGUCUUAUAUUUUAAGAUAUUGAAUGCUUCUCAGAAAAUAAACAAUAAUUAUAAAUAUUCCUUGGUUCAUAUAAAAUAAUUGGCAUAUUAUUCUAUGAUGAGAAAAAAUCAUUGCUUGCAGCCCUACUGUUUAUCAGUGGUCAUAUCAUUUUAGUUGUAUAACAUAACGAUAAGAUUAUUAAUAUGAGCAUUAUAGGGCCCCUUUAAUAGGGUAUUGAUGUCUUUUGUAUAUUAUGCUUCCUGAUAUAUGCAGGCUGUAUCUGAAUAGGUAGCCUUCAGCAGAUGACUCACUCUGAGUGAAUCACACAAACAAACACCACAGAGACAGAUGUGUUGAUAGCUUCUAAGUGCUUUCUGACAAAGGUCAGAUGUGGGUUGUUUCCAUGGAAAUGCAAGUGUUCGAAAGGAUUCAAUCUCUGCUGGUUCAAUACAAAUCUUUUAUUUCAGUUCCUCCAAGAUAAUCUGAGGUAUUCCUCAUUAGUGCUCCAAGAUCACGCCACACAUACUGUAGGUCAAUAUGAAAUGACGCUAACUGCCUGUAAUAUUACACGCCCCACGCUUCAUGAGGCUUGCUUUGCAGCGGUAAUUUGAGAUGAAUUCAGUUGUGUUAUCUGAGUCUACAGAGCCACUUACGAUGUUGUCAGACCGGUAUUAGUCAAACACAUCAUGUAUCUGUGUUUUUAUAAACCUGACAGAUAGCGACACAAGUGUUAGCUAACCUCAAACACCUGAUUAACAAUACAAAUCCUCUGUAUAUCUCUCACCAAUAUUACCUGAACCAGCACCUGAUCUAACUCCUAAUUCCGUUAAAAGACAGCUCAAGACCUGAGGGUUAAUCCUUAAAUUGGGUUAACUUUACAGCUGUGUCAUCAAGCAUGUAAUUGAAGUUGACAAAGCGAUUAAUUCAUAUGAACUAUGGCAUUUAGUCAAGUUAACCCUUAAAUGGGCAUUCACAUACAUAUUUUGGAAAAUGUAUUGGUAUUUUCUACAUUACACCCAUAUUACACAUGAAUACACCCCAAUUAUAUUGGUAUUAUACUCGUAUUACACCCAUGUUGCACUAUUAUUACAACCGUAUUUCACCUAUAUUAUAACCAUGUAACACUUUAAUUAUACCCAUAUGACACUAUUAUCAGACCCAGAAUACACCCAUGUAACAUCAAUAUCAAUA